AUGAGUCAAGGGAGUGGAGAAGCAGCUGAGAAGAAGAGUGAACCGCCACCAUCCAAGAUCGAAGCUUUGGAUGGCUCCAACUAUGAGGAAUGGAGCGGGCGGAUGCGGAGCGCCUUCAAGCGCUACAAGCUCCGGAAACUUGCGAUGGGAGAAGAGAAGAUGCCGGAGGAAGGCGACGCCCGGGAUCGAUGGAUUGAGCGGAGCGCGGUGCUGUACGACCUCAUCCUUCAAUCGGUCAACAACGAUAUGUUCCAGCAUAUCAAGGAUUUGGUGGAGCUGGACGACUCCGGACCGAAGGCGUGGAAGCUGCUACGCGACGUGGUACAACCCAACACGCUGCCGAUGGACACAUAUGCGAGGAUGGCAGCGGCGGGCAGCAAGGUGUCGGAGAUGCAGCAGUGCACCAAGAUCAUCUCGGUGCUCGACAACUCGUGGGACAACCUCAUCCCCACCCUCAACGUUCAGCAGGACAAGUGGACGCCUGAGUGGCUACGGCAGCAGAUCCUGCAGGAGGACUUCCGCAGGCGCCACACGGGAGGUGGUGCUGCCAACAAAACUGCUGAAGGGUAUGGAGCUGCAGGAGGCAGCAGAGGAAGAGGGGGAGGGAGAGGCCGAGGCCGUGGGAGAGGCUUUGGCAGAGGAAGAGGCCGAGGUGACUACAACGAGGGGCAUGGGAGCUCUGGUGGCAGGGGGAGCACCCGAAUGGAGGGUGCACAAGGUGAUGGUGCACAAGGUAAAGCCGACCCUGGGAUGUUCCUCAUGGUUGAGGAUGUGAAAGAGAGUGAGGAUGAUGUGGGUUCGGUUGGGAAGGUUGUGAUGCACCCCCUCACUCACUGGGUGAUCGACUCCAGUUGCACGAGUCACAUGACUCCGCGGGCAGAUUUACUUGAUGAGGUGAAACCCCCUGGGAAGAUCAAGUUUGUGGCUGCUGCUUCAGGUGCUUUGCUCCCUGUGAUUGGUGUUGGGAAUGCCAAGGUGAUGGGAGCCAAUGGGGGACUUGUGGGGCUUGGGAAUGUCCUGCUUGUUGAAGGUCUAUCCGCUAACCUCCUCUCUGUGCGCCGGCUGCAGAAAAGCAAGGCCAAAGUUACAUUCGGCCCAACGAGCUGCCGUGCAAAGCUUGGGAAGUUGCUGCUGUGGGAGUUGGACAAGAAGAGCAGCAGCUGCAUCAAGGACCUGUGGCAGCUGCCCAUCAUCCCUUGGAAUGGGAAACCACCAGCAAUGGCAAAGGCAGCGGCAACGGCUAAGGCAACUACGGGAGGAGAGGAGACUGCACCAACUGCUGGGGCCCUGGAUGCAGUCAAGAAGGUGCAGAAGCUACAAAAGCAUCAUGGUGAGGUGCUUGCUGGUGUGGAUGCGACAACCGCAUGGGCAAAGGCUUCAUCUGGGAAUGGUGGCGCCAAUUGGGAGACGUGGCACGAGAGGUUGUGCCACAUCAACAUUCCGAUGCUGCAGAAGUUGGUGAAGGAUGGGAGCUUGAAGGGGUUGGAGGUGAAGGGGGCAGCAAAGGAGAUUGGGAGCUGCCCUACGUGCCUUGAGACGAAAUUCACCAAGUUCCCCUUCAGCAGCAGCACGGGACCAGCCAAGGCACCACUCGCGCUUGUGCACAUGGAUGUGACUAAGGGGGAGGUAGCCGUGGCUGUUCUUAAGGAGUGGAUGCCGAGAGCGCAAAAGGAGAGCGGACACAAGGUGAAAGUGAUCCGCACCGACAAUGGGGGAGAGUUCAUUGGCGCUGAUUUUGAGGCGGUGCUGAAGAAGAAGGGCAUUCAGCAUCAGCUCACAGUGCCCUACAACCCUCAGCAGAACGGCGUGGCUGAGCGGUUCAACCGGACCCUGCAGGAAGGUGCUCGCACUCUCCUUGGGCGUGCAGGGCUGCCGGAUCCAUUUUGGGUGACUGCACUAAGGCAGGUCGUCGUUGUGAAGAACAGGGUGCUGGCGACUGUGGGGGACAAGCAGUGGAUCCCCUACACCAAGUGGUAUGGGAGUGCACUAGCAAUCAACAUGCUGAGAGCGGUCGGGUGCAUGGUGGUGUUUCAUGUGCCGAAGGAGAAGAGGGGAAAGCUGGAAGCUUCUGGGAGAUGGGGUGUGCACUUGGGACUUGCUAAGGACCACAAGGGCUGGCUGAUAUGGGACUUGACCAGCCAGCAGCUGACUGUGUCGAGGGAUGUGAAGUUCCUCGAGUCCCUGUACUACAAGGGCCCUGUUCGGUAG